AUGGCUGGAGAAACUAAUAAAUCGCAAGAUCCUACUCAAAAUCCUGUUUCACCUUAUAAUAUUCAUCCAAAUGAUAGUCUCAAAAUGACAUCUGUUACUGUUAAAUUUGAUGGAACUAGUUAUGGUGAUUGGAAGUGUGCAAUGAUGAUAGGAUUAACUGCUAAAAACAAAUUAGCUUUUGUUGAUGGUUCGAUUACAGUACCUAUUCCAGAAGAUGUUUGUUAUAAUGCUUGGAGAAGGUGUAAUGAUUUAGUGAUUAGUUGGAUUCUAAGUUCUUUAGAUCCUGUUCUAGCUAGAAGUGUCCUCUAUUUUACUACUGCUAGAGAGAUAUGGAAGAACUUAGAGGAGAGAUAUGCUCAAUCUUCUGGAUCUCAGUUGUUUGCUAUACAACAACAGUUAUCUGAUUUACCACAAGCAAAUCAGUCAAUAGCAGAAUAUUUCACAAAAAUGAAGAUGUUAUGGGAUGAAUUGGAUGGUAUGAGUCCACUGCCAGUUUGUAGUUGUGCAGGGUGGACUUGCAAUAUCACUCAAAAUUUGGUAAAACAAAGGGAAGAUCAGAGGUUAAUUCAAUUCUUGAUGAAGUUAAAUGAACAGUUCACAAUGGCCAGAGGAAAUAUUUUGAUGAUGCAGCCCUUGGUUCCUGUUAAUCAUGCUUACAGGCUUCUCAUACAAGAAGAAAGACAUAAAUCAAUUGUUCACUCUUUGCAACCUGGAGUAGAAACACAUGCUCUUAUGGCUGAUACAACAAGUUCAAUUGAAUCCUGUGCUUUUACAGCAUAUAGAAGAAAUUUUGAUAAUAGAAACUACAAGAAUCUGAACUAUGGAAAGAUGAAUUUUCAGUUCCAAGAUAAGAAUAAGGGAAAGUUUGAUAACAUGAGACAAUCACAGUUUUUCUGUGAACGUUGCAAAAUUCCUGGACAUGCAAUUGACAGAUGCUUCAAGAUACAUGGUUAUCCAAGAGAUUUCAAGCAGAAUACUAAGAGAUUUGCUAAUUUUGCUCAAGGAGGUGACAACAAUACUGAUGCUGAAGAUGUUGUAACAACUUCCUUUACUCUGGAUCAAUACAGUAAAUUCAAAGAAUUCAUGGAAGGACAGAUUGUAUGUGGUAUUUAG